CUGGGGUGUCGAGAAUACUCUCCUCCAUUUUGCGGGUACUGUGCGAUCUACCACGAUUGUUGGCCUGGAGUGUUCGGGUCAUAUAUAUCUACUUAGUGUUAUUUCUGUUAUAGUUUUACGCUAUUAAUUUUUAUUAUAUUAAUCAGCCAUCAUGCCACCAAAGUUUGAUCCUAACGAAGUAAAAACAGUCUUCUUGAGGUGUGUUGGUGGUGAAGUUGGAGCCACAUCUUCUCUUGCUCCAAAGAUUGGUCCUCUUGGUCUGUCCCCUAAGAAAGUCGGUGAUGACAUUGCUAAAGCUACAGCAGAUUGGAAGGGUCUGAAAAUUACAGUUUGCCUUACUAUUCAAAACAGGCAAGCUGCUAUCUCAGUUGUACCAUCAGCGGCUUCUCUCAUCAUUAAAGCCCUGAAAGAACCACCAAGGGACAGGAAGAAAGUCAAAGGAGUAAAACAUAAUGGUAACCUCACCUUCGAUGAAAUUCUCACCAUUGCCAGGUCAAUGAGGCCAAGAUCUAUGUCUAGGAAAUUAGAGGGUACUAUUAAGGAAAUUCUCGGCACAUGCCAAUCUGUUGGUUGUACAGUUGAUGGUAAAACUCCUUCCGAAGUUAUCUGCCAAAUAAAUGAUGGAGAAAUAGAUGUAGCCGAUGAAUGAGUUAUCUGGGGGAUAAAUAAAUAUUUUUAUCAUCCUUUUU